AAAGUCAUCAGCUAUCUUAUCCCAUUUCAUUCAAGAUGCUAUUAAACGGACUAAGAUAAAUUUGACCUUUUGACCUGAUUUAAAGGGUUCCUCGCUCUCCCUCCACCUCAAACCCAUAUACCUAACUCAACAAACUCUCCCUCCCCAUUCUCUCUCAUGGCCCCCUCUCCCAUUCCUUCUGGUCCAUCAUCAUCCAUUAAUGGGAGAUCAAAAAUCCCAAACUAGCGCCACCUCCCUAGAUGAAUCCUCCUCCGCCGCAUCCAUUCCUUCUACCCCAUCAGCCUCAGCCCCUCCACCCCCACCACCCCGCCAGCCCGUCUCCCUCGUCCAACCAUCCCAAAAGAAGAAACACAAAACCAAAGUCGUCCGUGUCUUCCGCUCCGUAAUCCGUUCCUUCCCCAUCAUUACCCCAGUUUGCAAGUUCCCCACCCUCAACGGAGGCCUCCCUGAUUCAGGGUCUAAAGUUUCCGGAACUUUAUUCGGGUAUCGUAAAGGUAAGGUGAGCCUCUCCAUCCAAGAGAAUCCUAGAUGCUUACCCACCUUUGUCCUUGAGCUCGGCAUGCAAACGAAUGUGUUGCAGAAAGAACUGAGCUCCGGGAUGGUAAGGAUUGCAUUAGAAUGUGAAAAGCGGGCCGACAAGGACAAGACGAAGAUAUCCGACGAGCCGUUGUGGACGAUGUUCUGCAACGGGAAGAGGACGGGUUAUGGUGUAAAGAGGGAAGCGAAUGAGGAGGAUUUGAACGUGAUGGAGCUGCUGAGGGCGGUGUCCAUGGGGGCGGGAGUAUUGCCGGGUAAUGCCGAGGUGGAAGCCCAGGACGGUGAGUUAGCCUACAUGAGGGCCCAUUUUGAUCGGAUAGUGGGCUCUAAGGAUUCGGAGACACUGUACAUGUUGAGCCCGGAAGGGAAUAAUGGGCCUGAGCUUAGCAUUUUCUUUGUGAGGAUCUGACACGUGUUGGUUGAUUAAUAAUGAAUAUCCUCCUGGUAAAAUUGGGGAUUUUAGAUUGUAGAUAAUGGGGAUCAUGAGCCUUGGGACUGGGAAGGACCAAGGAUAUUAGAAAGGAAAAUUUAGGAAAUGAUUCAUCACAAUCUUAUUUCAUAAUAGAAGUUUACAAUCAUA